AUGUUUUUCAGCAAGCUUUUGGCCAUUGCCACCGUCUCCCUCGGGAGUGCUUCGGCAUUCAAGUACGAGAGACUGGAUCGCAAUGAUUCUAUGGUUCUAAUUCUCGACGAACAAGUCGGACUUUUCAACCUCGUUCGCGACUUGGAGCCGAUUUACUUCAAGCAGAACAUCCUCGCGCAUGCCGCCAUGGCGAAGGCGUUCGACUUGCCGGUCGUGAUGUCCACCUCUGCCCAAGCUGGACCCAAUGGUCCCCUCCCGGGAGAGCUUCUCGAAAUGUUUCCCGAUGCGCCACUUAUUCAACGUCCGGGCCAGGUCAACGCCAUGGACAAUGAAGAUGUCCGAGCAGCCAUUGCGAAUACGAACAAGACGCAAGUCAUUAUUGCAGGCAUCUUGACAGACAUUUGUACUGCUUUCUGCGCCCUUUCUCUCCGAGAAGCUGGUUACUCUGUCUGGGCCAACAUCGAAGCCUCGGGAACUACCAGUGACAUGGUCCGCGAUGCGGCAAACGGCAGGAUGAAGGAUGCCGGCGUGCAACUGGUUUCGCUUGGAGCCAUCUUUGGGGAAUUGAUGCGUGACUGGCGUACCCCUCCUACUGGCAUCAGCGCAUUCACCUACUUGGAUAUGUAUAACCCAUCUAUUGGCAUGCUGGUCCGAGGUCACACUGCUGCCAUUCAGAACGGGACUAUCAUGCCUGGCCAGACCGACCUGCCUUAG